GUGUCAGUGCAGGGUGGAUCACUUCGCUGUGACACCCUCAAUGGGUGCGCAUAAUUUUGGAUUCCCACCGGUACUUCAGCCAUGUCUAAGAACAUAAAGACUCUGGGUGUUCCUGGUGUUGGUCACAUGAGCCAGGCAGUGUCAGAUGGCGAGCUGAACAUGUCUGGUCGUGGCUGUGGGGGCAGUUGUACCAGUCUGCCAGAGGCCCAAAGGGGAGAUGCCCAGGCCAGCAGUGUCGUCAGCUGGGCUGUGUCCUUCGAGACACUAUUGGAAGACCCCAUGGGAGUAUGCUACUUCAAGGCCUUCCUCAGGUCAGAGGUGAGUGCGGAGAAUAUCCUGUUCUAUCAGGCCUGCGAGAAGUUCCGGGAGAUUCCACCCACCCGGAUGAAGGAGUUAAGUGAGGAGGCUCAUGCCAUCUUCCAGACAUAUCUGUCUGACCACGCUCCCUACGCUGUGAACAUCGACGACACGGCUCGCGUGGAGGAGAAGGACCUGCUGAAGCCUACAGCUGAAAUGUUUGACAAGGCCCAGAAACAGAUUUUAAAGUUGAUGAAGAUGGACAGCUACAGGCGCUUCGUCCGCUCCCCUCUUUACCAGAAGUGUACCCUGGCCAGUGUGGAGGGCAGGCCACUACCCAACAUCCCCGCUGAACCUACCAGCACAGGAUCAUGGGAGAACAUGGCCACCUUUAGUCGCUCCCUCAAUGACAACAAGCAGAGGGAUAAGCAGCGGGAGAAGAGGGGAUCGUGGGGAGUAGACUUGUCAUACACUAAGGUGAAUGUGUCUCGUAAGGACUAUCGGAUGUCCAACAGCAGUGUAGAGAAUGGUCGCUCUGGUCCCUCAGACCAGGGGCAGGGUGAUGGUUGCGGUAGUGUGGAGGGAGGUUACUGCUGUGUCUACCUGCCUGAUGGCAGUGCAUCCCUGGCCCCCAUACGGCCCGGCCUCCCCCUCAGAGAAAUGCUGUCUGGCCUCUGUGAGAAGAGAGGCUUCCCCCUCAAAGACAUCAUUAUCUACCUCCAUGGAAAGGAGAGGAAGCCCUUAUCUCUGGAGCAGGACUGUUCAAUACUGAGGCACCAGCAAGUCUCCCUGGAGCUGAGGGUGACGUUUGCGUUGGAGGUGGUGUUCACUGGUAAGACGGUGGGCAUCAUGGUGAAGUCCAGUAAGACUCUGCAGGAUGCCCUGUCUGCGGUACUACAGAAACACCAACUCGCAUCACACCAGGCCCGGGUCACCAUGAGCGGGAGUGAUGUUCCACUGAGCAUGAGCACUAGUGUGUUCAAACUGGCCAAUAAGAAGCUGCAGCUGGACAAAGUUGGCAGUCCCAGGAUCAGUGGCCAAACUCCAGUCGCACAGGAGAGCGGUAGAUCUCCAGUAGGCCCAGAGGUCCAUGUGUUUCCUCAGGCAGACGGACCCGGAGCCAAGCCCAGGGUCAGGAAAAACCAUGAGAUGGAGGUGAUGAUAGAGCUGUUGUCCAGGGCCCAGGCCUGUAGGGUGGAUGACCAGAGAGGCCUGCUGACCAAGGAACACCUGGAGCUGCCCCAUUUCCUCCUGAAACCACCUGUCCACGACCAGGAGACUCAACAGGGGGAGGCUGGAGAGGUGACAGGGGGAUGGAGUACCCACAGACACUGAGGAGUCAGAACCAUCCUAGCUCCACUCCCACCCCUGUUGUCUCACUCAUCAGGUUCCAAAUGCACAGGCUCACAGGAAAUGAAUCCCUUCCAGGUGGGCUGGACCUGGACAAAGUCUAGGAGGGCCCAGAAGGUUCUGAGAUGCACUUAUCCUCCUCAGAGGUGCUGAAGUGACGAGGGCUUGGCCCUGCAGGAAUAUCGGGCCAUGAGCCUUCCAUCUGCUCAUUAUUUAUGCAUACAGUCACUUGCCUUUCCACAUUAACUUUAAAGCAAACAUUGAGUUGGUGAGUAAUUAGAGAAACACACAGGGGUACCUAUGAUGGUUCUGUACUUACCAAACUGAAUGUGUAUUCUUCACAAUAAAUCUAUUCUGU